AUGGGCGAGUCUCGUCAAGCCCCCAGCGCAUUUCCGGUGCCCUUCGCGCAGCGCCCGGUCAUCAUCCUGGGUGCCGGCAUCAUCGGGUGUGCCGCCGCUCGGCAACUACUGCUACAGGGCUUCUCUGUGGUGCUGGUCGCCGAAUUUCUGCCCGGGGAUCAAGAUAUCUACUAUGCAUCGGCCUGGGCGGGUGCCGUCUGGCAUGCCGCCGCCGGCAUUACGCCGGACCAACGUUAUCUCCAGGCCGUGACCCAUCGUGUGAUGCUCCGGAUGGCCCAGGAUCCAGACUCGGGCGUCAGCAUAGUCGAUGCGCGAGAGUAUCUGGAGCAGGAACCCACGUCGACAUCGUCAAUCUGGGGGAACACGGUCGUGUCCAAGUUCCGGGAGAUGCGCCCAGAGGAAUACCCAUCCAAUUUUGCCUGCGCCUGGGCGUAUGAGACGCUGGUCACCGAUCCCACCCGGCAUAUGCCUUAUCUGGGGAGGCAAAUCCAAGCUCUGGGGGGUCGUUUUAUUCGCCAGCGCGUGGGCGCUCUGCAGGAGCUCUACGACAUGUUUCCGGAUUCACGCGUCUUCAUCAACGCCAGCGGGCUAGGCAGCAAAACCCUGGCGGAUGUGCAGGACGACCUCUGUUUCCCCGAGCGUGGUCAGAAUGUUUUUCUCCGAACGCAGCAAUGCAACACGAUGUACUUCCGCAACGGGCAGGAGUAUACCUAUGUGAUCCCCCGGCCAUUCUCCCAGGGGGUGGUCCUCGGUGGUGUCAAGCAACAAGACAACCUGUCCCCCGUCGUGGAUCUCGACAUUACCCGGGACGAAAUCGCCCGUGCACACAGACUGGCCCCCGAAAUUGUCCCAGCGCACCCACCAGAGGACGCUAUCAGUCAUAUUAUUGGGAUUCGGCCGUCACGAAAAGGUGGGUUUCGUCUCGACUCCCAGUCGCAAGGAUCACGUACCCUCCUGUCAGCUUAUGGGUUUGGAGGAGGUGGAUAUGCAUUUUCAUAUGGGAUUGCGGAUGCGCUAGUAAAGAUGGUGGAGCGGACAGAGCGGGAACAUGUCAUUUUGUAG